UCGUCUCCUGAAGAACAACAAAGAACACAUCUUUGAUCUUCAUCCACUGAAUCGCUAAUCUCGUCAUUCGUCUCUCGAAUCCUUAAAAAGAACCGUAGGAAGAAACAAUGGAUCCAGCUGAGAUGAGGUACUUGGAAGAAGAGGACGGCCCCAUGAUGAAGACCAUCAAAGGCAGCGUGACUGGUUUCGCCGCCGGGACCAUCUACGGAACCAUUUUGGCCACGUGGAAAGACGUUCCGAGGGUGGAGAGGAACGUGGCUCUUCCGGGGCUCAUCAGAACCCUGAAGAUGAUGGGAACUCACGGGCUCACUUUCGCCGCCAUUGGAGGAGUUUACAUCGGUGUUGAGCAGGUGGUUCAGGGUUAUAGAGGCAAGAGAGAUUUUUUCAAUGGUGCUAUUGGUGGGUUUGUUGCUGGAGCUUCUGUCCUUGGCUAUAGAGCAAGGAGCAUCCCAACAGCGAUAGCUGCAGGUGCAACACUAGCGGUUACAUCUGCUUUGAUUGACUCUGGAGGUCAGACCACAAGAGUAGACAACGGCAGAGAGUAUUAUCCUUACGCUCCCGUUGAGAAAACAGCUAAAGCUGAUGCUUGAUCUCUCUUUUGGCGUUCGGAACUCUUAAUAAAGCUCUGCAUCUGCUUAUCAUGGGCUCUUGAGAUCAUCUCUCUUCCCUGUCCUCUCUAUUUUUUUGUUUUGUUUCUGGAGAUAUAAAAUUGCUCUUGUUUCCUCCUGUGUUUAUGGAGAGUGACUUACAUCUUUUGUCUGAACUUUUCCUUGCAAUAAAAAAUCAACUUUGUUUUCAAAA